UCACUCACGAGACGAAGACAUCGUGUGUUCUUUGCCGUGUCUUCUUUGCCGUCUCAAACCAAAUAGCCAGAAUCAGAUUUCUCAUCACGCAGCAUGGCUGAAUCACUCCUUUUCAGCAUUGCAGAGAGCAUGCUGGGGAAGAUAGCAUCGCCGGUGCUCCAAGAAGCCAUCGCUAUUUACAACAUUGAAAAUCAGAUCCUUGAACUCAGAGAGACGUUGACUGCCAUUAAGGCAGUGUUGUUAGAUGCUGAGGUGCGGCAGGCGAAGAACGCCCUUCUGCAAGUGUGGUUAGAUCAGCUUCAACAUGUAUUUUAUGAUGCAGAGGAUGUGCUCGAUGAACUCGAAUGUGAAGCCUUACGAAAGCAGGUGAUAAGUCGCUAUGGAGGCGUCAAAGGGAAGGUACGCCGCUUCUUUUCCACCUCUAACCCACUCAUGUUCCGUGCGGAAAUCAGUCAUAAAAUCAAGGAGAUUCGAGAGAGAUUAUCCAAGAUUUCCACUAAGAAAGAUCAAUUCAAUCUUAAUAUGUGGAGUGUUGACAAUGGUGUGGGACAUACGCGAUCACGAGAGACUCACUCAUUCAUAAGCAAUUUGGAUGUUGUCGGAAGAGAUAUUGAUAAAGAAAAGAUAAUUGAGAUGUUGAUGCGGCCAGAUGACAAAAACCUCUCAGUGUUUCCCAUAGUUGGAAUAGGAGGUUUGGGCAAGACGACCCUAGCUAAAUUAGUUUAUAAUGAUGACAAGGUGAAAGAACAAUUUACAUUGCGACGAUGGGUGUGUGUACCCGAGGACUUUGAUUUGAGGAAAACUAUCGAAGGAAUCAUCAAGGAUGCAACUCCUCAAGAUUUGAGUAUCUUUGAUAUUGAACAAUUGCAAAACUCUCUCCAAGGCAUCAUCAAAGACAAGAAAUUUAUACUAGUCUUGGAUGAUGUUUGGAGCAACGAUAGCCGUAGAUGGAAAGAAUUGAGAGAGUUGUUAUCUAGAGGGGCUAGUGAAAGUAAGAUAAUUGUGACCACCCGUAGUGUGGAAGUUGCUUCUAUUGUGGGUACCCAUCCAAUGCAUAACCUAAAAGGUCUUUCUCAUGAAGACUCUAUGGCCUUAUUUAAAAAAUGGGCAUUUGACGAAAAGGAAAAGGAACCAUGUCUUGAUCUCCUAGAGAUUGGAAAUGACAUCGUUAAAAAAACUCAAGGAUUCCUCUCCUUGUGACAACUCUAGGGAGCCUUCUGUAUUCGAGGAAUGAUGAUAGGCAUUGGAAACAUAUAAGGGAUAGUGAAACAUGGGAGUUAGUGGAAGUGAAAAAGGACAUUGUGCCGAUACUCAAGCUUAGCUAUGAUCAUUUACCAUCCCACUUAAGACGUUGUUUUGCUGCAUUUUCACUUUAUCCAAGAGGAUUUAGAAUGAAGGCCCCUUAUGUGGCUAGGUUAUGGAUGGCUUUAGGACUCAUCGGCUCAAAAAGGGAAAAACUAGCAUUGGAAGAUGUUGGUAUUGAUUACAUCAAAGAGUUGUGGAAGAGAUCUUUGAUCCAAGAAGUUGAAGAGUAUGGACCAGUAUUAACAUUUAAAGUACAUGAUUUGAUCCAUUCUCUUGCAAUAAGUGUGGCACAAAAUGAUUGCUCUAUUGUUGGCUUAGAUACUACAGACAUUUCAGAAGGAGUUUCGUGUGUUUCAUUCUCUAGCACUUCAUUAGAGGGAAUCUCAAAUUUCGAUGGAGUCCCACCCUUUUUGAGAAAGCCAACUUCAAAGAGGCUACAUGCCAUUAUAUUUCAAAACCAAGUUGAUGAUGGAGUUAUUACUAGAGAGUUUGCUAGAACAUGCAUCUCCAAGUGUAACCACAUACGGUUUCUAGAUUUGUCACGUGGUAGUUUUGAGGAGCUACCAAGGUCUAUAUGCAAUUUGAAGCAAUUAAGAUCAUUACUUCUUGAUGAGAACAAGCAAUUGAAGAAACUUCCAAGUACCAUUUGCGAGCUGCAAAGUUUGCUAGAGUUAUCCCUUGCUGGUUGCUCAAAGCUAGGCAAUUUACCCAAAAAUAUUAAAAGACUUGUCAGCCUUAGAUAUCUAAACAUAACAACAAAGCAAAAGAGUUUGCAAGAAAGUGGAAUACAAUAUAUGGAAAAUCUACAUUUUUUGGGAGUCACUGGAUGUGAAAAUCUUGAAGUUUUUUUUGAAGGUGCCUCUCGACUGACUCGCCUUCAGCUGUUGAAAAUUGGUGAUUAUGAGGGACCAAUAUCUCUGCUUUUUGGGGAUUUAAUCGCCCUAGAGUCCUUGAAUAUUGAUACUUGCAAGUUUGUGUUGACCUUGGAGAAUAAGUCCAACUUUCCAUUCAAUCUUCGUACUUUGGUGAUUAGUAACUCCAAACAAGUGAUGGAGUUGCUCCAAUAUCUCGAAGGAUCGGUUUGUACUUUGGAGUCCCUUUGUAUCCUUGACUCCCUAAGCUUGACAACUAUUCCUGAAUGGCUACCCAAUCAGACACGUCUUAGAGUAUUUCACUUGAUCCGAUGUCCCAACUUAGUGUCCAUAGCGCAAGGAAUCCAGUCCCUCACUACCCUCAAAGAAUUACAUGUCUACAAUUGUGGAAAACUGAGCAAAAGAUGUGAGCCGCAAACUGGCAAGGAUUGGAACAAAAUCGCCCACAUUCCUCGAAUCCGACUUGAUUCAAGAGAUGUUCAAUGGAUGGAUGAUUAGAUUUUGAUGCAGAUGAACUCCCCUGAUCCAUUUGCCAUGCCAUGUGGAUCUCUGCAAAGAUUUGGACUUGAACUCCCGUGAUCUAUUUGCCACGCCAUGUCAUUGUUAUUGUACUUUUUUCUUUCGUUCCUUGAAUGAGUGUUGUUGUUCUUUAUUAUUUAUCUGUGUUUGUAAUGCAAACUUCUCCAUGGAGAAAAUGCCUUAAUCAUAUUAUAUGAGACCAACUAUAGUAUUAUCAUAGUUUGAAUUUUUUUGAAGACGGUAUUUAUCUUUCAUUCAUAGACAGUAAUGAAAUUAACA